UGUAGGCGUGAUUUAGAAGGCUGGAAAAAAUUAGUUUCGUUUUCCUACAUACAAAAGCAUGGCGAUUCCUCUACAGAAAGAAGAAAUGACUGCUUUGCAGGAAUGGAUUGGUGGUAAUUUUAAAUUGGCCAUGCUGUACAAAAUCAACAGGGACGGAUGUAACGCCUGGACAUUUCAUGCCAAAUAUGACUGUAAAGGUCCGACUAUAACCUUUAACUACAACACCUAGGACACAGUAUAUGGGUGAUAUACCUCACAAAGCUGGAACACCACUGACGGCGGUUAUUAUGCCCACGAUCAAAAGGCAUUUUUAUUUCAAGUGCGUAAAAACGGAAAGAGUGUAUACAAAAAAUACCCAAUCAAGGCAGACAAGUAUGGAAACGCAAUUUAUUGUCGUUACGAUUAUGGACCUUGCUUUGGUGAUGGAAACGACAUGCCAUACUUCACUGAAAAUGUCGAUUCCUCCAAUGGCGUAUACACGUUUUCUAGUUGUGCUCUUAACAACACGUAUGAUAUGAAAAGCGAUUACAUUACUGCAUUUGCAGACAACGUGCUGGAAGUGAAAGAUAAGGGGAUAUUGGAACCUACACUGAAUAACUGGCGAAUAACACCUCAGUGGGACAAACAGUAUUUACAAAGUUUGAGAAAAGACGUGGAGGACUACUGUCCACUGGAAGAGACUUGUGUUGAUCAAGUAAAGGUCCUGCUAAUAGGACAAGUAGCGGCUGGGAAAUCCAGCUUCUUCAAUACAAUCAACUCUAUCUUCAAAGGUGCAGUCACAAGUCAAGCUAAUUCGGGGUCAACGGAGAAAAGUCUAACAACAAAGUUCAGAAUGUACCAGGUCCGAAAAGGUAGAUCCGGAAAACCCUUGAACUUCAGACUCUGUGACACAAGAGGACUUGAGAAAGAUAAUGGAAUUGAUCCACAGGAACUCUGCUAUAUUCUGGACGGAAACAUGCCUGACAAGUAUACGUUUAAUUCGUCGACACAGUUAAGCCCUGACACUCCUGGUUUUAUUAAGUUGCCUUCUACUAAAGACAAGAUUCACAUUGUUGUGAUUGUUAUGGACGCAACAAGUGUAGACGUACUACCUGAUGAGAUUAUUCAGAAAAUAAAAACCUUGCAAGUCAAAAUAAACCAAAGAGUUCCCUGCACUGUAGUUCUCCUUACAAAAAUUGACAAGGUUUGUGAGGCGCUACAAAAAGAUGUGUCCAGAACGUUUUGUGUCCCUGCCAUUGGUGAACUGGUUGAGAAGGUAGCAUCCAUGGUGGGGCUUCCGCGAGCGCAUAUAGUCCCAAUUAAGAAUUAUGAGUGUGAAAUGGAACUUAGAGAAGACAUCAAUAUUCUUGCGCUUCUUGCUUUGAGACAAAUUCUUAAUUUUGCUGAUGACUAUCUGACAAAUUUUCUCGAUGAGAAGUAAAUGUGGCAAAUUUUUACAUGCAUACAAUUUUGACAACUUACAACAUAUAUUUUGUAAAACACAAUUAUCUUCAACUUCAUUAUCAGAAAGGAGUAGCAUCCCUUCAACUUUUUCUGUGUCAUGUUCAUAAUCUGAAAAAUUGUAGUUUAGUUGAUGCUAGUACUUGAUUUUAAUUUCAAGUUUUAUUUCUAGAUCUGGAAAAAGGUGCAAUGAUUCUCCUUGCAACUUCUUUACUCGAAUAAUGAUAUAUCAUGUUUUGUAUACCAACAGAUAAGUGUAAGUGAUAAUUUCCUACCAGUACAAUUAUGAGGAAGUAGUAUUUUAUGUAAGUUUUGUGGACAUGAAUUUUUGUUCAAGACAAAUUCCACAUAAAUUUACAGGAUAAAACUUUGUCAAUCAGUUUAGUGAAAGAUAACUGAAAAUUUAUUGAAAGAUGACUGAAUGACAAUUUUCUGCCAUUUAAUUAAGCACCAUUCUAGGCCUUUUAUUGAACAUUCAGUUGACCGAAUGGUGCAGUUUCAUUCCUGAUUUCACUGUUUAAUGGGCUAUGUAGAUCGGUGUGAUAAAUGCAAGUACAUGUAUGCAGUGUUACAAAAUUUAGAAUUCAAAAUGGAAGUGACAAUAGUGUAUAUUUUGUUUAUACAAAUCCAUUUGUUUCAUAUUUAACUUUGUUUUCAAAAAUAUUAAUUUGGAAGUUUUAUUUUUU